CAACGAUGACUGCGGGAUCGUGGUGUUUCUUGUUAAUUUUGGGGCUGGCACAUCGAGGAUCGGCGUUUUUCCUAGACUCACACUGUUCGAGUCGCAAUCCGAAGAGCUUUGUUUCAACGGAGAAACCUUGGAUGGCACUUAUUGCAUCGCCCACAAGGAACUGCAGCGGAGUGCUUAUUAAAAAUCAAUAUGUCAUGACAUCUGCCUCUUGUGUUUUCGAUCAACGCGAUAGCGUCGUUUGGUUGGGAAAGUUUCUCAAUUUAACGGACAAUCAAAGGAGGAGAGAUGUAAAGCACUUCGUCCAAGGCGUCUAUACUCACAAACUGUACAACAAACACACGCUUGAGCAUGAUAUAGCUCUACUCAUAUUAGAUGGGCCUGUGACUUAUCAAAAGAGCAUACUGCCGAUAUGCAUUUGGCUGGGUGAGAUAGCCAACUUGAACAAUUUGAAAGCCCAUCGCUGGGGCUUAUCCAAACAACUUAUUUUCCAAAGAAGAAACAGCGUCGAAAUCCUGAAUGUAGAAAAGUGCCGCGAUUCAUUCGGAGUAACUAUACAGAAAUCGCAGAUAUGCGCUGGCUUUAAAGGCAGUAAGAACUGUACAGAGCCAGGAAGUCCCUUGGUAAAGGAGAUAUCUUUUUCGAAAAGAAAGUGGAACAUACUUAUCGGAAUACAGAGCGAUGGCGUUUUGCACACAUGCAUAUAUAAUAACAUCUCAAACUAUAUUGACUGGAUUGUGGGAAUUGUGCUGAGUGUAGAUGUUAUACUCUCCAAUUCUAGCGAGAUUGGAACCCUGUAAACAGUUUACAA